AUGGCAUCUCGACCAUCAUCCUUUUUCGAGAGUUUUCAGGACUUCGUACAUAAUCCCUCCGCCCCUGUAAGCGCCGAAUUCACUCGUCUGGCAGCGCUUCGCAAAUGGAAGGUCAACUCAAAGACAUACCGCAAGAUGUGGAAGAAAUGUAUCUACUCGGAAUUCGAGAAGAAUUAUGGAAAGGAGUUUUCUCGUCUUCAGUGCUGGCAGAACCUAUGUUCGGAGCUCCAGAUUGGUGUCUUCGGCUCUAUCAGACAGUGCAAAAUGGCUCUUUCCAAAGUUUACGUCAACCUUGUCGAUUUGUUGGAUAGCCGUGCUACGGGAACAGUUGUGAGGACGUUUCGGACAUUGAAACAAUUGCGGACAUACACUAGAAAGACGGGGCGCUAUUUCCCAAGGGAUGAGGCGAAGGAAGAGGGGUUUAUCAAGGUUCUUCUGAAGCGCAUUGUAUGA